UCUCUCUCUCUCUGUCGGGGCCACCGUCAUCAUGUCUCCGACGGACGGUUCUGAUGCCUCCCCCGUUGGAUCUCUUAGUAGGAGGUCUUACGGUUACCCUGUUGAGACAAUGAAAGUGGAGCAUGGUGGUAGUGCAGUGGGUGGAUCGCAUAUUGCAAAUAAUAUUGGGCGGAAGAGGCUCUUUGGUGAACUCAGUGCAGACGCUGGUACUAGUUCAGUUUCUUUGGUGCAUGAGAGAAACAUGUAUCCUCAAUGCAAAAUUAUCUCACAGGAUUUCAAAAAAUCAAACUUAACCAAAAAUGGUCUGAAGACUACUCAAAGCCUGGUAUCGGAACUGCUUGAUGUGAAACAAAGAUUGCACCAAAUUAAAAUGGAAAUGUUAAAGCUUCAUUCAAAGCAGCUAGCGAUGGAGAAAAAAGAUGGAAAAUGAUUCAUUUGUCGAAUUCUGGUAAAGCCUCUGUGUAACUUGGAUCAAUUUGCUAAAAUAUGAAGCUCAUUUCUACAUAUAAAUGCUUUCAGUUUUGUUCAGAACUACAAUACAUGUGUGUGUGUGUGUGUGUGCGCGUGUGGGAAAGUAGGGGGAGCAGGUGGAUGUGUGAUAGAAUGAAACUAUAGGGAUGGUGUUUACAAGCUCAGUACCGGGGAAAAGAAAAAGGCUUUUGAUCUCUGUAUGGGCCAGUGUUCUUUCUGUUUCUUUGAUUUUUCUUGUCUUGUUGUCAGCUAUGUAACCUGUAUUUUAAAUUUUUUGUUCAUAAACAGUUUAUGCAAGAGGCAGAUAUAUUCUUUUUGUUUUUUUUUUUCAAAGAGGCAAAUGUAGCAGGAUAGUUCAAUGUAUGUCUGGAACUUCUUUAAUUAUCUAUGCAUAGGUUGAAAGCUAACACUAUGAUGUGAGGAUUAUUCACAUAAGGUCCUAAUCUGAUUUUGUGCAUUGUUAUGGAUUUUUCAAUUUUUUUAAGCGAAGUAAAAUUUUAUCAGAAACACAAACAUGUUAUGAAGAAUAUUUAACCAUUAUAAAGAAUUGUAAUUAGGUCUCUAGGAUUUCUUCUGCUCUUCCUCAUUAAAAUGCAUAUUUUUCCUCUCUUGACUGAUAAUCAUUUCAUUGAUCUAGCUUUACUAACUUUUCUGGAAUCUAAUGCACUUGUGCAUUUUGAGGUAUAUUACAGGAUUCAGAGAAAAACGUUGAGGUUGACUCAAGAACUGUAUUAGUAACAAAUGUAAGCUAUUUGUGUAUGUUGCUCCUUUUCUCUUUUUUGGUUGGUAAAUACACAGACCUAAGUAGCCCCAAGAUAAUUCAGCGUUGGUUUUCUCACUAAAUUGUUUGUUCCUUGUCUAUUAGUACUUGUUUUCUUAUUAUAAAUAUAAAUUCUUCUCCACAACUGUCAUUUGUUUUUGUUAACAAAGCUUAUUGAUGGACUUCCUCUGAUGACUGUCGUGUACCUUGGAGAUGGAAUCACAUGAUAAUUUAGACACUAAGUCUAAAAACGUUUUCUCUGACAUUCCAUAUGGGGAUUUACAGUACCAAUCGUCAUUGAAGGGUUUUUCACACAUUUAUAUUUCUAUGUUGUUUGGAAGUUUAAAUUAUUUGAGUUAUUUGCUUCAAUCUUUGUUUUAAGUUGAAAUACUUUUUGAACCUUAGAAGAUGGCCAUAGAGUACGUAGACUAUAAUUGAGAGAAACAUUAAAGCUCACAAUAGUGUGAUGAGAAGAGCCUGACUCUAUUGCCAACAGAAAAUAAUUAAAGGAAGGUAUUUAAUUGGUUGGAUUGUAAUUCUAAGUUAAGCAGUUGAUAGUAAAAGAUGGAAACCAGAGGUGUGUGCCGAUUCAUGCCCGUUAUCCUCGCUUUGAGUUCACUUCUUAGUUAAUCUAACCAGGAAGCAGGGGUUGUAGAACACUUUUGUUUAAAUAAAAUGAAAGGUAUUUGUGAUUAAUUUCCAUGGAGAUAUUGCUAUUAUUCCUUCUGAUUUAUUUAAUGUCUUUUAAAUUCUGCAUUUGUUGUUCAAAAUAACUCAUAAGCAUACCAUGUACUAUUUGAAAAAAUAAGACAGAUACGUUUUAAAGCAAUUAAAGAAGCUUUGUCAUUGUUCUUUGCCAACUGUGGAGGGGUUGUCAAUGUGGUAAUGCUGACAGACAUAUUAACUGCUAACCGACAAAGGGCUGCUUAUGUUACCUUUGCUAACGAGGAAUCUGUUGACAAAGCCGUGGCAUUGAGUGGGACAACAUUUUAUUCAAGAACUGUGAAGGUGCUGAGGAAGGCAGAAGCAGCUUCUGCGGCAACAGCCCCAGCCCAGCUUUCUGCGAAGCCUUUCCACGCACAUGGUAACAGAAAGGCCAUCCCCAACAAACCACGGUAUCCGAGCUCUAGUCUACAAUGGCGGAGAGAGCCCAGCACUGAUCCAACAGAAGCAGAACCACCAUCAGCUCCAGCUAGUGUCGAAGUUGUUUCCUCAUCUGCCCCAAAACAUCUUUCUGAUCUGCAACUCGAAGCACUUAAUUUCCAGAAUGUCAUCAUUGGGAUGACAUACAGCUUACUAACUAUACCAUACUAAAUAACCCCAGGUCAGGGGGCAGAUUAGGUUGAUCUGUAAAAUCUACUUCUAAACUUUUGAAGGCUGUUUUCUAUUUCGUUUUUGUUUUUUU